GAUCGUCGAUGCCCUCAAAUUCAUAGGACACCUAUGUCUAAACCAAUUCUCUUCUCUCCUAACCCUAGGUAGCUGAUAUUAAACAACAACGAUGUCGUUCACUUCAAUUCCGAUCCUAGAUCUAGCUCUAGCUAGAGAUCCGCAGACAAAGCCGCAGUUCCUAGCCGAUCUGCGACACGCGCUGCUGGAAGUCGGCUUCUUGUAUCUUAAGAACGUCGGCAUUCCAGACGAGUUAUGGCAACAGGUCAUAUCUGAAGGCAUAGCCUUUUUUGACAUCCCGAAGGAAGAGAAACUCAAAAUCGAAAUGAAAAACGCGCCCUCCUUCCUCGGCUACUCGCAGCUCUCCGCCGAAAUCACAGCCGGAAAAAUCGACCACCGUGAACAAAUCGACCUCUCAACCGAACACCCCCUCCCCUCCCCCUCCGCGCCCCAAUACACAAACCUGCAAGCACCAAACCAAUGGCCCUCCCCAACCGCCCUCCCGAACUUCCGCGCCGUAUACACCGAAUACAUGCGUCUCAUGAGCUCCAUAUCCCAUACCUUCACACGCCUCAUCGCCGAAGCAAUCGACCUCCCCGUCACCGCAUUCGACCGCUACUUCGACGCCGACCAGCAGCACAAGUUGAAAAUCGUCAAGUACCCCGACGUAUCAACACUCGGUCUCGACUCCAACGUCGAGGGCCAGGGCGUCGGGCCCCAUAAAGACAGCAUGCUGACGAGCUACCUGCUGCAAGCAACGGACCACCGCGGCCUGCAGGUGCAGAACAUGCGCGGGCGCUGGAUCGACUGCCCCCCCGUCCCGCAUACCCUCGUCGUGGCAAUCGGCCAGGGCCUCGAGGCCCUGACGCAGGGCGUCUGCGCGUCGACGACGCACCGCGUGCUUUCGCCGGCCGCGGGGGCCGGGGCGCGGUUCUCGAUUCCGUUUUUUCAGGGGGUUAGGGCGAGCACGACGUUUGAGGAGCUGGAGGAGGUGGGGGUGGGCGUUGUUCCGGAGGGGGUGAGGAGGGUACGCGAGAAGGUGUUGAGAGAGAAUGGGGGCAGGUUGGAUGAUGUGGAGUUUACGUUUCGGAAGGGGGGCGUGGCGAAUACGUUGGGAGAGGCUACGUUGAGGAAUCGCGUUAAGAGUCAUCCGGAUGUGGGCGAGCGGUGGUAUCCGGAGAUCUUGAAGGAUAUACGGGAGGGGCAGGCUAGGGAGGAGGAAGAGGUGAGAAGGAAGGGGGAUGGGGGUGGGAGUACGGCGGCGGUGGUGGGUGUACCGGCGCAGGUUGUGGAGGCACAUUGAUCCAUGUGCGCUCUAUGGAUCUUCUAGCAUACACGAUUUAACGAAGGACAGAUGCGUAGGUAAGGAAAGGAAAUAUAAACUCAGUUAA